CGCGCGGCGUGAGAGAGGGCGGGGCGCGCGUAUGGGCGCCGCGGCCGCGUGACGCGUUUUCAAAUCUUCAACCGCCGCAGCCCACUCGUUUGUGCUUUACCUCUUCCUCCUCCGCGCCUUGGAGCCGAACCCGGCCCCGGAAACCCGGACGGUAGACGCGGCAUCUCUGCUGCGUGGGUGUGGUAGUCUGCGGAAGGGAAGAGGCGACCCGCGGAUAAAUCGGCCUCGACGCGCUGUGUUUUCGUGGCCGCCCGGCGCGACACUCUCCCAAACCCAGUAUGUAGGUGCCGGGCGGCUGCCAUGAACUCCGUAGCCAUGAGGAUCCACAGCAAAGGACAUUUCCAGGGUGGAAUCCAAGUCAAAAAUGAAAAAAACAGAUCAUCUUUAAAAUCUAUGAAAACUGAUAACAAACCAGAAAAAUCCAAAUACAAGCCACUAGGGGGAAAAAUAUUUUACAUUGACUUACCUUCUGUCACCGUAUCUGAAAAACUGCAAAAGGACAUUCAGGAUCUGGGAGGGCGAGUUGAAGAAUUUCUCAGCAAAGAUAUCAGUUACCUUAUUUCAAAUAAAAAGGAAGCUAAAUUUGCACAAACGUUGGGAAGAAUUUCUCCUGUACCAAGUCCAGAAUCUGCAUAUACUGCAGAAACCACCUCACCUCAUCCCAGCCAUGAUGGAAGUUCUUUUAAAUCUCCAGAUUCAGUGUGUUUGAGCAGAGGAAAAUUAUUAGUUGAAAAAGCUAUCAAGGACCAUGAUUUUAUUCCUUCAAAUAGUAUAUUAUCAAAUGCCUUAUCAUGGGGAGUAAAAAUUCUUCAUAUUGAUGACAUUAGAUACUACAUUGAACAAAAGAAAAAAGAAUUAUAUUUACUCAAGAAAUCAAGCACUUCUGUAAGAGAUGUGGGGAAAAGAGUAGGUAUUGGUACACAGAAAGCAAGAAGUAGACUUAAAAAACCUUUUGUAAAGGUGGAGGAUAUGAGCCAACUUUAUAGACCAUUUUAUCUUCAGCUGACCAAUAUGCCUUUUAUAAAUUAUUCUAUUCAGAAGCCCUCCAGUCCAUUUGAUGUAGAUAAGCCAUCUAGCAUCCAGAAGCAAACGCAGGUUAAACUAAGAAUCCAAACAGAUGGCAAUAAAUGUGGAAUCCCAAUUCAACUCCAGUUGAAAGAGAAGAAAAAAAAAGGGUACUGUGAAUGUUGCUUGCAGAAAUAUGAAGAUCUUGAAACUCAUCUUCUAAGUGAGCAACAUAAAAACUUUGCACAGAGUAAUCACUAUCAAGUUGUUGAUGAUAUUGUAUCUAAGUUAAUUUUUGACUUUGUGGAAUAUGAAAGAGACAUGCCUAGAAAUAAAAGAAUAAAAUACAGUAUUGGAUCCCUUUCUCCUAUUACUGCAAGUAUCUUGAAAAGGUCUGAACCAAAAGAAAAGCUAGAAUUGCAACAUACUUCUCAGAAAGACUUCAAGGAAAAUAAUGUACAGGUAGUUGAGCAGCGUUUCCUGUAUAAAGAAGUCCAGGAACCUGAACGGAAGUUUGUGUUUAUUUCAGAAUGCAUCCCCUGCCCUUCAAGUGAAUUGAGAGGACUCGAUGAGAAAGCACAUAGUAAAUGUUCCAAGUUAAAUCCAGUUGAAAAUGACCUAAAACAAGAUUUUACACUUCUACUUCCACAUAAAAAUAAACAGGGAUGUAUUCUUGACAUUUCUGAACAUAAAUUAAUGAUAAAUGAAAGUGACUUAGAAGAACUAAGUGUAGAUCGCUGUCCAUGUAGGCUACAGACAUCUGUACAAGUUUCUAACGUCAGUAUGGAUAAUACUGCAUCUCAACCAAAACAAAAGUCAGAUACUGUGCUUUUUCCAGCAAAGGAUGUGAAGGAAAAGGACCUUCAUUCAAUAGUUGGUCAUGAUUCUGGUCUGUUAGCAAUAAACAGUUCACAGGAGCACCUAACAGUUCAGGCAAAGACUCCAUCCCAAAGUCCCCCUGAGGAACCCAGUGAAUGCAACUUCAACAAUGUGGAUAGUUUACCUUCUGGUAAGAUCCAUCGGAAAGUGAAAAUAUUAUUAGGAAGAAAUAAAAAAGAAAAUCUGGAACCAAAUGUGGAAUUAGAUAAGAAAAGAACUGAAUUUAUUACACAAGAAGGAAACAGAAUUUGUAGUUCACCAGUACAAUCUCUACUAGAUUUGUUUCAGACUAGUGAAGAGAAGUCAGAAUUUCUGGGUUUCACAAGCUACACUGAAAACAGUGGUAUAUGUGAUGUUUUAGAUAUUUGGGAAGAAGAAAAUUCAAAUAAUUUGUUGUCAGUGUUUUUCUCUUCCCCUUCAACUUCUACAUUUACUGGCUUUUAGACUUGAAAUAAAUACCUUUCAGAAGUGAUGAAGAUCAUAUUCUUGAAAAUUUUAAUAAUGUGUAUGAGAAUGCUUAGUUUAUUUUCUUUUUGCCAACUUUGUUUACAGAACUAAGUGUAAAUAUUAACAAUAAAGGUGAUGUUUGCAUUUUUCUACAGAAUUGGAUACCUUUUAUAGGAAAAUUGUAGAAUAAACUUGUGACUUAUUUUACACACUA